AUGAGCAAUCUCAAUCUCGCUUCUACUUCAGCUUUAGGUUACGGAACAUCUUCAUCAUCUUCUUCUUCCUCUUCAGAUCCUGGUCCUUCAAGACAGCGCGUGACAGGCUCCUGGAUCCCGCUGCCGUAUAUCCACUCUGGAUUCUGCAUAUAUCCUUAUCAACCAGAUAGCUCACCUCCCCCGACUCCUGCGACGACAGUAGAUGACCACAAGGCUUCCAGCAAUCGAAAUAGGUUCUCUUGGAGUGGAAACAGAGAUCAUUUAGAUGAUUUGGCGGAAGGCAAGUCUAACGUAUAUGAAGUACCGCUGGAUAUAGGAGAUGAAUUCUUCGCAUUUGAGGAAUAUAGAUGCAGUUUAGAGGAAGAUGGUAGAGGUGAUGUGUGGUACAGAGGUUAUGUCGUACAGGCCGUCUCAUUGCCAUCAUUAGCUCCCUCCUCAUCAGCGUCACAUUCAGCUACGUUCCCUCGGCCUGAACCGUCAGUCUUGAUAGGGAUCUUCCCAGCCGCAGCCGUACAUGUCCGACCAGGAACUUCGAGCGACAAUGGAGAGCUAGCGAAAGUCUAUGAAAGAGCGGUACGAGCAGCUGAAGAAAAGGCGCGGAAUGCAAAUCCAAGCUGGAUAGGGGAAAUGGACACCGUUAAGGAAGAGGAAGAAGGAGAAGGUUACGACGUUGCCAGUCCACAAAAACACAGCGACUUAGAAAGUGACGUAGUUGAUGUUGCGAAUCAGAACGGAGGGACACGGGAUGUAUUGGAAAGAAGAUCAUCUGUUGGAAAAAGGGAUGGACUACGAUCCAAUAGACCCAAGUCACUCGUCUUUGAAUCCAGAGCAACCCAUGUGGAAGAGGAUAAAGAACAGCCUCCUUUACCGAAGCUCACAGCCGGCGACUCGACUGUCGCAGGUCAACAGUGGCCAUUAGUAGAUGAGAUAGCAUGUGCCAUAAGAGAGUGGUAUGGUCGAUUACCAACCUAUCUCGCUAAUCGAGAAUAUCGACUCUUCAAUGCUGUCAUGCAGCACAUAGAUGCCCUUUUUCUCGGUAGAAGACAACUUCUCUCGCAAACUCUCAGCGGAGAUGAGCUAGUACGUGUGCGGCGGGAGUGCAUCUCUCGACUUGUAAAAUGCAAUGUCGCACAAGGCUUAGAAGUGAUAGUCAGAAGUCUAGAAGAUGGAAGUGUGAUGGUAGUCGAUAAAGGAAGAGCAUUUGCUGGAGCUCGUUGGGCUGGAGGAAUUGCUUGUUAUGUCUACCAAGUGCAAUUGGCAUACAUUGAUCUUAUUCCUCUAGACAACCUACUCGGCAACCCUCCUAGCUUGAUUGAUCCUCGUCCCUCUCUUCCUCCCGUUCAACAUUUCUCUUUCGAUACUGUCAGAACUAAAGGUUUGCAUUCACCGCCAAAUUCAGGCUCGUACUACCACUGCUACCUCGACGUGAGAGCCUUCGUCGCGAAUCCUUGUGGACCGGGAGAGACCGCAGAACUCUAUUUCUCACUAUACAAUAAAGUAGAAAGUCGCUUCGUGACGGAGGAAUUCUGUUUGAUACUAAAUCAUCUUGGUAGUCCAGCCAGAGAUGGGGAACACCGCAUUGGACGACUUCGGACACUUUUCACUGAUCUCAAGAUCGACGAUCUGACUCACGAUAUCUUCCUAGUAUGUCGGAUAGUCAGGAACGGGGCACUAAAAACACGGUACGAUACCGGUUCGACUGCCAUUCGACCAACUGCAGGCAAACGAACGAGCUUGUAUGGGAUCUCGGAAGGUAGUCCACGCAAUGGAAAUCCUUCCAUGCUCGACGCUCUGACCGAUGACUCAUUUUCUGUGACGUCAGGGUAUGGAGGUCAGAGAGCCCCUACAAUUGAGACAUCCUACACAACUAAUGGGCAAAGUAGUGUUGUCGAGGGGAAACCAACGUUCCGUCGUCCAAUGGGCUGUGCUGCGGUAGAAUUGCCACCGAUGAGUCGGCUCUUGGCUGAAGGAACGGAUAAAAUUGGUGGCGGAGUAGAGCUCAAUGUUCCUAUCUAUCUACCCAAAGAAGAAGCUACUUUUGCGACUUUACAUGAAAACAUCAUACACCGCAAGGUAAAAGAAUAUGUGACUAGCCCGAGGGCGGAAGGUAUAGCGCUCAGUUUAAAGGUCUUCCAAGGACCAGCUCCCCAAGUAAUUCGUGAACAUCCCUCUUUGCUGUCCGACAUUCCUCUUUCCGCUCGUCUCGGCUUCCCCGACGUCGUAUACCCAGGCAUUGUUCGAAAUGACCUAUACAUCAAACUCUGGUCAGCCGUUUUCACUCCCGCCCCAACCUCUUCGGGAGGCUCAAUACGAGUUCGAAAGUCGGUUCUGCCAACAUAUCAGGGUGAUGUGCAAGUAACUGUCGAGGUUCGUAGAGGAGACGGCAGCAUUGUUCAAGAUGCCCUCGUCGCGGGUGGUUCCGGUGAACCUGCAAUGGGACAAUAUCAUUCUCUGGUCUUUCAUCGGAACGAUCGACCUACGUUCGGAGAGCUAGUCAAGAUAUCUCUGCCAGCUUCCGCUCAAGUGGAAGGAUAUCAUUUAUUCCUUACUUUCCGAUCUAGGGGUAAAGAGAGACACCUCAAUUACGAUUCAUCAGAAUUGGAAAAACCUUUCGCUUUCGCUUACCUUCCUCUCGCUGAUGGUGGUGUUUGUGUCAAAGAUGGGGACCACGAGUUGGCUUUGUAUAAACCUGAAAGGGACUUUCAAUUUUCGCCAAACAUCUACUUCGAAGCCCCCCCUCUAAUUGGACCCGAAAACAUAUUCUCUCCUACACUUGCAAAAGGACUUACGCCUUUGCGUGAUCGAGUCACUCUUCGAACAUACCUUUGUUCGACUAUCCAAACUCAAGAUGAGACUCUUCGAGCUUUAUUCAUCUGGCACAACUCUGGUAGUGACAUUAAUCUCCUAUGUUCAACUCUCCAACUAUUCAGCUUCGUAUCGGAAGAUGAGAUAGCCAAAUUUGUGCCCUCAGUGUUCGACGCUCUCUUCACCAUUUUAGGACUAGACAACGGUAAUCGACAGGAGGAAGUAGAAUCUUUGGUCUUCAAAUCGCUGAUAAAGGUCUUAGCUAUGUCCUCCGAUCGCAGAUUCCCGAAUUUUAAGAACGUCCUUAAUCUCUACAUUGACACCCAAUUCAAGUAUCCCUCCUCCUCCUUCAACCUACUCAGAUGUAUGAAAAAAGUCAUGUCAACUCCGAAGUCUACCGAAUAUCGAUCAUUCCUGAAAGUUUGGCAUCUCUUUUUCAAGUUUAUAAUUCGUUCUCGAGAACACGACAGAGCCAAGGGCAUAGGAUUAGCUUCCACUUCAGCGCAUAUAGAAGCUGACUUUCGAAAUCAAACAAGAUCAAUAUUAGAGGAAAUCAACCGCCUAAUGGAUUCAAGCGAUAAAGUCUUGAUUGGAACACAAACUUUAGCUGUUCAGCAUUAUGCCGAUAUUUUACCCGAUCUGGCACAAGUUUUCCAACCUUUAGAAAUAGCAGAGAUGGUCAUUGCUUUUGCUGAUACUCUGACUUUCGCAACUGGAAGUAUCGCAAUCUACAAAUUGCUGCUGUUGCUCGAAGUAGUUAAGAAUGUAUUCGAAAGCUCGGAGAGUAGAGCUUUACUCGUUCCUGCAAUUGUAAGAUGGGUCAAACCGCAUUUGGGCAGAUUCGAUGAAUUAAGAUCGAUUGGUCAAGAUGAUAGUCAAAUUACUAGAGAUGGGAAAAGAAUAAGAUGGUUAGAAUGUAAUCGAUUAGCUGUCACUGUCAUCGCCUGGACAGUAAACAAGGUUCAAGAAUGGCUUGAUUCGCCUUUAAUCCGUGAUCACGCUACACUGAAGAUUCAAGAAGAGGACAAUAUUGAAUACUGUCUAACUCUGCUUCCUAGUCUGUACGACUCAUACUUCGAGCUUCUGAAUUCCAAGACCCUCUUGACGUUGAACCGACAAAGGUCAUCACCAACAUCUACAAUAUGGAAACCUACACCGGAUGUAUUCCCUUCUACUCACCCUUUCGCUCUCAUAUCGGAACUACCACCGCCAUCGUUACUGGAGAGACAUCAAAAUCCAUCUCAAGAUGCUUUGCCUGAUUCUGAGACUUUCAACUGUGGCUUAGCAGAAACAGCAGUCGUGAUCUUAACUCUUGUCCUUUCUUCGCCUAAAGCAAAUAUCACCAGAUGGAUGACUGAAAUGAUAGACAUAGAAGGUGUUUCUUCACUAAGUCAAACUCUAAAAUCGUCAUUCGACUUCUGUUCUUCGGUCGUACGGUUCACCGCUUUCCCCAAUCAAUGGUUGACCCUUGCUCUUAUGUCAUUCUCGUCGGUUUUUAGAUUCCUCUCCACAGUAACCCCUUUAUUGGAAACAGAACAUUUCAUCCCAUCGGUACAAAAUGCCGAUACGUUUGACGUAUCACUCUGGACAAAAUGCUUCGAGCUCCUUUGUGAACUGUGUGGCAGUGACGAACUAGCUUUGGAGGAUAUGACUCAACAGAGGAGAAGAGCGGAAUGGAUUAUCGCUGGUGAUUUGAGAGAUGAAGGGUCUGCUUUGCUCAUGCGAUUAUGGAACGCUAUCGGAUGGCCUAUUGACAUGCCACAUACGCAAAAUCGUGGCGAUGAACCAAGAUAUGGAGGUUAUCAAACUCGCUUCACAGGGCUAGCCGAGCGUAUAUUGGGACUAUGUCUUUCAAGCCAUGAUGUGAUGUGCGAAACUGCUGUUGAAAUCCUCUUCUCUAUGAUCUAUGCGGAAUAUGUCAUAGAAGGUAAAUUCGACACCAUCGAAACCGAGAUCUUCGCCAAACUGGAUAGACUCUUUUCCAAAUCCAAUACUACCGCAUCUGAUCCAACUAUGAGAGCGUACUUUGUCGCACAUCUCCGGGCAGUGUUUGAAUCGACACCUUCAAUAGACGAAGGUUUUACACAGAGGGUCUCGAUAUUCUUGGAUGAAAUUGAGCUAUUCAUAGAUCUGUUACUUUCUCUAAACGACAUACCGGGAUCGAUCGAAUGGUCUGACGAGAAAAUGUCAGCUAUCCAUAAAUUAAUGGGAUUUGUCGGAAAAAUUGGUAGAAAUGAUCUCUAUAUCAAAUUCAUUCAGCAACUCGUUUCAAUCGCUGUCGAGAAUAAAAACUGGUCAUCUGCUGGACUAGCGAUGAGACUUAAUGCUGAGAUAUAUGAGUGGAAGAUCGAUGGUGACUUAUUGGAUGAAUUGGUACAAGGUAAAAUCAGGCUACCCCCUCAAACUCAAUUUGCAAGAAAAGAAUCUCUAUAUUACCAUGCCAUCGAAUAUUUUGUCGAGGCAGAAGCGUAUGAAUGCGCUUUGGAAUUAUGUCAAGAGCUCACCGUGCAACAUCAAAGACUCACUUUUGAUGUACCCAAGUUAUCAGAAUUAUUCACCUACCAAGCUGGAUUGUGGGAAAAAAUCGGUUCUGGAGGAAGAAGUAAACCUGAGUACUUUAGAUUGGCUUACUAUGGUGAAUUCGGUCAAAGUAAUCAAGAUAAAGACUUCGUAAUAAGAGGUGAACCAUGGCAAAGAUACUCUGAGUUCUGCGAUGCAAUACAACUGAAGUACCCUAAAGUAACAAUACAUCGUUCGAAAAUCCCACCUUUAUCUUCGUCCAAAGAAUCCACAGAUCCAUUAAUAUGGAUAACUCCCUUAACACCCGAACCGGACCUUACUAAACCAGUUUUUGGAGAUGCGGUUAUCGAAAACGUUCAGUCCCACUGGAGAUAUAACGGUAUAAGAGAGUUCUCUACUUUGAGGCCCUAUAUGAGAGAUCUGAAUGAGGUUGAAGUAGUUCUGACUUGGACUGAAAAGACUGUUGUCACAACUCAAGAGGAACUACCGGGUAUACUAAACCGAAGCGAAGUUAUCAAUGUCAGAUACGAACAGAUACCUCCAGUGCAUAUGGCCAUUUCAGAAGUGGAGAAAGCUACGAAAAACCUAAGAAAAUUGAGCAAAGGCAAGAAUGGUCAAUUACCAGAACCGAAACUACUGGGUACAGCCAUCAACGGAGCUGUUGACUCGCCGGUCAGCGGAGGGGUCAAGACGUAUAGAAAGGUUUUUCUUGACGGCACAUAUGUCUCGAAACAUCCCGAAUUCACUUCUGAGGUAGAUCAACUCCGUCAAACGAUUUUAGAAUAUGUGAAGACUAUUCAAGACAGUUUAAAAAUACACAAGGUUGUUUGCAGAGACAUAGCUUUCCAUGAAGCUCUGAAAACUCAGUACUACAGGACGUUUGCUCAGGAGAUAUCACUACUUCCUCGGAGAUCUGAAACAUCAUUCUUCGAUGAAACGCCCACGCCCUUUUCGGAGUCAAAUUCAUCGCAACCACAUUUCCAAUUCACUUCCACUUCUCCACCUGAUCAUCCAUUACCACCUUUACCCACCAAAAACGAAUCAGCGUGGAACUCACCUAGAAUAUCAGAUUAUUCUACCGGAUCAAACGCAGGUAGGACUGCAACUGCUGGAGGCGCUACGUACAAUUUACCGCGAUUGAAAUUGAAUAAAAAUAAUAAUCAAAUUUCGACUCUGAGUUUACAUACCUCAUCACCUAGAGAAAGUAUUUCCACCACCAGAACAAGACAAAGUCAGACUCCAACCCCAUCAGCAUCCAACUCGAAUCCGAAUUCCAAUUCUACUUCUGCUCAUCUAGGUAAUAGAAGUAACCAAAAUAAUUACCACAGUGUUAGUAACAGUAACAGUAAUAGUAAUAGUGGUAGUAAUUACAAUUACAAUAGUAUAAAUAGGACACCCUCAGAGAAAAGAUCAAGUUGGAAUAGUUCGAAUGGUAUUGGUUUAGGCGCGAGAGCAAUGUCGAUGGUUGGGUUGAACCACAAAGCACAAUCUCAAAGUCAGACUCAUACUUCAAGCGAAAUAGGUACGAUUGAUCAGUAUAACUCUUCACCGAUUAUACGAUCUGACUACACUAAUACGAAUAUGGGUUCAAAUACAAACAGCGGUCAAGGGAUUAAAAAGGAGAAAGGAGUUAGUGGUUUAAAGAGGUUCGGUAGUUUGAUCAGAAGAGAAAAGUGA